AUGACCAGGUCUGUAACAAGUUCAGCAUGAAACCAUAAAUACUAAAAAGCCUGCGAGUGAAAUAAAAGUAAAUGUUUGUAAUAUCAGUUAGGAGGGCGUAGCAGCUCACUAACAGAAUCAUUUAGAUGACAUUCAUUUCAAAGUAAACAAGGAGCCAAAUCCUCAAACUUUUCAGUGUUUUUGCAUGCUACUGACUUUGUUGUUUCUAUGUUUGUGAAGCUCAUCUGCUCCCAGAAUGGUGAAUAGUUACAAGCGGACUUCAAGCCCUCGAUCCCCUACCAAUAGUGGGGAACUUUUUACCCCAGCACAUGAGGAAAAUGUGCGCUUUAUACAUGACAGUAAGUGCUCACUCUGACAUUGGGUUCUCUUUCCGGAUAAACAAAGCAUUUCAUUUCUGAUCAGAAAAUUCAAGAUUGAUUUCUGCAGGCCAAAUACAGGUAAAGUUAACACUGACCUGUUGACAUCUUCUUGUUUCAGUCUUUUAAAUCCUUUCCCUCUUGUGGCACAUAUUUCCUCAUAAUUUCCAUAGAUAUUUUUGAACACGCCACAUGCAAACCCACAGUUAAUAGGAGGCAUGUAUACACAACCUUAAAUGCAUAGUUUUUCCUACAUUAAUACUCAAAUUCAAGGAUUAGACAGUUUAAUUUGCAUGUAUUACUGACAUUCAUACCUCUUCAACAUAGAGAGUUACACUUGAAGUUUUGUUAGUUACCAUAUCAGGUGUUUCACUGGGAUGUUUGACACCAUUAGCUAAACAAACAACUUUUGCCUUAUUAUAUGUGUUAUUUUAAGCAUUGACUUAUCCCUGUUUUCCUAAAUCAGUAUAAAUGAGAGAGUCCAUAUUAAAUCAGCUUAUGUCCACAUACUUGGCUGUUUAAAAAUCCACACCUUAGGUAUUAUGGGGACUUUAGUUGUGCCUGUAGAGGUUUCUUGUAAAUAAAUGAACAAAACUUUAGUUUAUAUUGAGUUUUAUUAAAUAUAAAAAACUCUGAGAAUUUUCUAAUAUCUCCUUAAUCUCCUGUAAUUAAUGUAACAUAGUCUUUUAUUACCGAUUUCCUGAUCCUGUAAACAGAACUCAUACUCUUCCAUUUUAAUUAGCUCUAUAACCAGGACUUUGUAUACGCUGUUGUUGUUAUUGCUGCUGUCCCCCAUACCCCCGCCUCCCUCCCUCUUUCCCUCCCUCCCAUUCCCUUGCUUUCUCUGCCUCUCUCUGUGUGUUUCCCCCAACUCAGCAGCAGUAAGUAGCUGUCUGACAUGAGUCUGGUCCUGCCCAAGGUUUCUGCCAGUUAAAGGGGGGAUUUCCUUGCAACAGUCACUCAUGUUGGAUGAGAUAGGUCAAAUCUGUCCCAUCCUAAGCUUGGGUCUUUGUAAUACAUCAAACGAUGAGCGUAGUCUAGAUGUGCUGUUUUGUAAAACGUCUUGAGAUAACCACUGCUGUGAUUUGGUGCUAUAUAAAUAAGAAUUGAUUGAUAAUGCAUUUUCAUUUCCAUCUUAUAACAUAACUACCAUCUGUUAAAGCAGUGGGUUAAUAGAGAACCAUUGGUUACCAUUUCUAUAUGUCAUGUGCUUCCAUGCAUGUGCACAGUAGUCAAAAACACAUUUAAAAUGCACCUUACAAAUUAGUGCUCAUUAAUAUUACUAAACAAAGACUUGAUGCAGUACUUUAACAACCUGAAUUUAGUUUUGGCACUUUGACAUAGGUUGAUAGCGUAGUAUUAAUGAGCACAGACAGUGCUGAUCACCUGAAUAAUGACUUAAACUCUCCUUUUAAAGAAAAGUAGCACUGCAAAAUCUGAUGAGGACAAUUUAGUUUUCCAACAGCAAAAACAGGUCCAGGCCUUUCAGCAUGACUCCUGAGUUUUGAAAAAUUGCUAAAGAGUUUUAAAAAGAAAUUUCAAUUUACAAAUUUUAAUUUUUGCUGUAUCUUUUCUGUCACAGCCUGGCAGUGUGUGCUAAGAGAUAUCAGAUCAACACAAAAUAUUGAUCGCAAUGACCGCGGACCACAGGAGUAUGUGGAGAAGAACCCAAAUCCAAACCUACAUUGUGAGUUACAGUGCAGUUUAGAAAUGACAUUGGUUCAUUUUUGUGUCAAACUUAAAGUCUGACUAAUGGGCUGGUUAUUUACUUGUUUCUGUCUGCCAUCCCAGCUUUCACACCAGUGGACCUGAGUGACCUCAAGAAACGCAACACACAGGACUCCAAGAAGUCCUAG